UUGCCCUCCGUCUCCCACGAUCAACUUCAACGUCGCGCAUUCGCGAUGGCGCGCCGUAAGUGCGUAGUAUGCGGCUCAAAGCAAUGGCACAAGGAGCCUUCGAGUGGGCUCGUGGCUUGUAGUGAAGGGCAUAUUUUACAGAAUUAUCGGAAUGAGACAAAUGAGGCCGAUGAUAUGAACACAACACACGUCUUGCGCCGGAGGCGCCUCAAGACUGGCAGAGAAAAGAAGAAGGCUCGCGGAGGCGCUGAUCCAAAGCUAUACCAUGGCGCCCGAGGUCGAUAUCACUACUUCCAGUGCCAGCAACUCAUCCUCCGGCGACAGAUCAACGAACUGCGUGCUCUCUGGAAUUUGCCACCCGAGUUUGAGGCCAUUUGUCGAGAUCUAUGGGCUCUUCAUCUCAGUCUCCUUCCGACUCCUCCUUCUCCCGAACCAUAUAUCCACGCACAAGAACUCAGAGGCGAGGCCUCCGGCUCUACAGGCAAUUUAAGCGCAAUCCUCGCGCAAAACCAUCGACCAGAAGCAAGCAAGCCUGAUCUUGACCCGGAUUCCUCAGUCUCUACUACCACCAAGCAGCACGACGACGACCCCGAGCUCGCGGCCAUGCUUCGCGAGAACUCGACUGCAAGCUCGUCUUCUGAGGACGAGGACGAAGGGGAAGGUGGUGCAGGGACUGCCGACAAUCCUAACGCUCAACCUCGCAAGCACCGAGGCCCGGGUUCAAGAAGGAAGUACGAGGCUCCUUCGAGUACAGUGGCUGUUCUUGCGCUUGCCUGUUGGGUCCUUCGUGUACCGGCGAUGUAUCUGGAUUUUAUACGUCUCAUACAGUCAUACGACCUCACCUAUCUGGACCCGCUACGCUUUCUACCUGCCGAGAUGCUGCGCCAUCUAACGAAGCAUAGCGUGCAGGCGCUCUCACCUCCGUUCCCCCCAACGACCCUCACCCUUCAUUCCCUGACCUCCCGCCUCGCCAAGCUCGCCGGCGCGCGCUACGGCAUUCACGUCCCCGAAGCGAACGCGGCGCCGAUGUUGUGGCGGGUGACCAAGUAUAUGGGCGGCACGCCCGUUCUAUACUCCUUGACGAAGCGCCUGUCCGGCGUGCUGUCCCUCCCGCUGACGGCGCACCGCUCUAUGGCGCCCGGCCUGGAGGUGGCGAAGAAGCGGGACCCGGAGAGCCACAUCUACGACGACGUGCCCCCGGAGGUGGCGCUGCUCGCCGCGACGAUCGUGGUGCUCAAGAUGGUUUACGGGCUAGAUGGAAGCGCUAGAACCGCGGACGCAGACGACGACCCGGCGUGCGCGCUACCGCGCCUGGACGAUUACCUCGCGCACCUGCGCGCGAUGGAAGACGAAGAGGCCGGUGAAACGGGCGAGCUGUUUGGGGCCGCGAAUAACAGAUCAGUCGCGGCGUUCGACGACGCGAGCGUGGACGCGUAUCUGGCGUUUUGUGAGAAGGCGCUGCUGGGCCCGCGUGACGAAGGUACGGGCCGCCUGGCAGAGUUCUUCCCGCUAGAGAAGAGGGAAGCCCUGUCUGCUGGGAAGCCGGAUCGGCGCGCUGAGGCGCGCGUUCUGCACGCUGGCAAGGUCUCUCACGAAGGUAAUGGUAACCGGCCAGGCGAGCACUAUCCGGUGUUCAGCGCGCGGGAUGUGCUAGGGACGCUGCCACAGCCGCUGGGGCUGGUGGUUGCGCGAGGGGCGCGGUGGGUCGGCGUACCCGAGGCGCACGUCGGGGGCGUGGUGGAGAAGUAUGAACGGCGGUUUGUGCGGUGGUGGCAGACGGACCGGCGGCGAUCCCGCGGCGGGGGGAGCGCGCCAACGUGA